AUGUUGAUGCUCGAUCGAGUGCGCAGCAAGGUCUUCUUGUAUCUCGCUGAGCAUUACGAAACGGGUGUGCCAUGGCGUGACCCCUCCUUCUCUGGACUGUCAAUGCCCGGAAGGAGGGGCAAGAGUCGCAGGAUCGUCUUCGGACAGAUGCCGGCGCUCGACGUGAUCGACCAGGGUAGCUUUGAUAGCUCCUGGAUGUGGCGGUUCCGGUUUGGUCCUAGCCGCCUCGAAGCUUCCGGAUGGGCCUGGCAUAUCUUUGAUCAUCCGCUGGACCUGGCCAAUCGAGUCCACGGCGCUGCGGAAGCUUCUUGGCGUUUGAGAACGUCGCAGCUCUGCCACGUCUACCAGAUGAUGAAGGAUGAAUUGGCUCGCGCAGCCACAAUUCUCGACUGCGUUCCAGUGCGAGGCGUGUUGCAUCAGCUUCUGCUGAGCACAGUGGUCAUCUCACGCCUCGUGCCGCUGAAGUGGAGCAAUAGGGGAGAAUGUGGACAGCUUUGGCGACAGUUGCCUCAUGCCUACUUAUAUGAGCAGCUGGGACAUCACGGUGAGCACCUUGAUGGCAAGACAAGUCGCCAGACUGUCACGGCACGUACCAACUUGGGACGACCUACUGCCUCCAUCUGCAGCAUUUUGUGUCCAUGAUGGGAACACGUACGAAAUGGAAGCCGGGUUUCACACCGAGUCGGGGCUGAAAAUACGACACAUAUGCCAUCAUUGGGACCCACUCACCGGGAUGGACACGAGCUGGGCGAUGCUGUACACCCGUGAGACGUCUUGGCUUUGAUUGUUCGUCCGCGUCGUGACCCCAACGCAGACUGCAUUAGCAUCAGCGCCCUCCCUCUCCAUCUUCUUGGCGGGCGUGUGUCUAGACCUGUACAGUCACCAAUUCACCGUGUCCUGUCGACCGAGACACGAUCUAGCCAUCAAUCUUUUCAGCUACGCCCUCUUUCUUUCGCACCCUCAUCUGCCCAGGACUGGACGACCCCGCCGAUCAGGUUGUCAAAGUCAAUCGUUCCUUGGGAAACAGCACUGCAACGAUCUUCCUGUCGCAUCUGUUCAAUUGCCCGCAAUCCCCCACUAGAGAGAGUGAAUGCUAAUCAUUCAUCCUUCAACCCUGCAUAAGGCCGAAAGUGCGGGGAACGUGUGGAGGAUGACCCACAUUUUCCAUUUUCCAUUGCACCUUUAAACUUCCCGGAACACAUGCUAUUUUAUGCCUACCCGUAUACUAUACCUAAUCAGCAUAGCUUUUGAUACAGUAGGGUAUUAUUGACAACGGAUGCAGGGCAGAGUAGUUGGUAGCGUUCACAAACAGGAACAGUCUGCAAAUCAUCUUGCUAGUACGAGGUAGAGCUAAGCUACCUUAGUCACUACUGGCCGGAUGUACGGAAGCCGACGCUAAAGCAAACUAGCGCGCGCAUCAAGAACAUCGAAGCUGUUGUUAUCAUACGACAUGUCAGGUC